UCAUCUAUGUUAGAGAAUUAUCUUUUGUGGAAGUAUGUAAACUUUAUUAGUGAUUUACCUCUUAAUAAUGACAGAUAGGAAGCUGAAGGCGGCUAAUGUAGCCUUUAAUGCCAGUAUCGAUUGUGGUAUAACUCUCUUCGAUACUGCUGAGGUUUAUGGCUCAAGGUUGUCUAUGGGUGGAGUCAAGUCAGAAACAUUACUGGGAAGACUCAUCAAGGAAAGGAAAUCGUGGGAGUGUUGUCUCGGCCCUUAAAGAUUCCCUAUGCCGCCUUGGUCUUUCUUCAGUGGACGUAUACCAGCUUCAUUGGCCAGGAGUCCGGGGAAAUGAAGGUUACAUUGAUUGCCUUGGAGAUGCUGUUGAGCAGGGCCUUGUGAAGGCUGUGGGUGUCUCAAAUUACAAUGGUGUUCCUACUGGAGAGUACACACCAGAGAAUCCACCCUCUGGUCCCCGAGGCCAGAUAUACACUCCUGAGUUCCUCAUAAGGAAAAAUAGCUUAUUUAUUGAGGGACCAAAUCUCUUAAGAACUGGAUCAUCCUUACAAGUGGUUCUCAACUGGUUAAUAGCCCAGGAGAAUGUUGUACCCAUCCCCGGAACCAAAAAUUCAGAACAAGCAAAAGAAUUCGCAGGUGCACUUGGGUGGCGAUUCACAGAUGAGGAGAUUGCAGAGCUUUGGUAUCUCGCAUCAGAGACAAAACCAGUUAUUGGGUUACCUGUUGAAAACUUGUGACGGUACAGAAUCAUUGACAAUGAAUUUCUUUGACAGUUCGCUUUCAUUAUGAAUGCAAUACCAGUAUUGCGAGAAGCCACUAUAUUCCUAUUGAAGCUUUUCUUCUGAAUUUUUUUUUCUUAGGAAGAAAGUGGGGGAAGUUUUCACCUGGAGACUCUUCUGUAAUCAUUAAUCAAAAGAGGUCAUAUGGCAUUUCUGUUCAAAACUUUAACUUAUUAGCAAUGUGUAAAAAAAAUUACCUUUUCAUUCAACUUGAUGUAA